AUGCCCACCAUCCUCCUCAUCUUUGCAGUGCCCAUCCUCAUCCUCCUCCUCCUAACCAACGCCAAAUCCCUCCCACUCACAUACUCUCUCCAACUCCUCCCAUCCCUCUACCGAAUCCUGCAACCCCGCCUCUCGCGCAACGCUCCACGACCCAAAGAGCUCGUAUCCCCGCAACCAAUCAGCAACCCAAAGCUCUUCUAUCCAGCCCUACCCAGCCUUUUCCGCCCCCACACAACUCAAACCCACUGCCCCCUGCCGGAAAUCGACCUGAACCUACACAAAAGCAACAGCACUUUCUUCACAGAUGCGGACCUCAGCCGCGCCCGCCUCCUCAGUCGUCUCCUGGGGCCGGCCUUGGCAGCAACCGGCGGAAUGCCCAUGCUGGCUGCCGUGCAGGCGCGGUUCUUGCGCGAGAUCCGCCCCUUUCAGCGGUAUUGCGUUACAUCUCGGAUCCUGGCGUGGGAUCAGCGGUCGUUGUGGACGGUUACGUAUUUCUUGCGGGGAGAUGUGUACAGGGGCAUGAUGGAGAUGGAUCUACUUGGUGGAGGGCCCGCAGCGGUGCUCAGGGAUGAGAAGCUACGCAAGAUGGUGUUGGCUGUGCUGGUGAGUCGGUAUGUGGUUAAGGCUGGACGAGUGACGGUGCCUCCUGUGGAGGUGUUCAAGCGGGCGGGGUUGUUAAUUGGUGGUGAUGAUGAUGAGGAGAAGAGUGAUGACUUUAGUCAUUCUAACGGAGGUAUCUUUGCUAGCGGCGUUGAGAAGGAGAAAGAGGAGGAUUCGCUUGUGCGAACGGGAAGUAAGAUUGGGAGUACUAGCAUGAAGACUAAGAUCCACCCGAAGGAUGAAGAAAUCUGGCCUGCAGACCGUGUGGAGGAGGUGAUUGGGUCUGCGAUGGCGUUCAUCGGAGAAUGCAUGCUCUAG